AUGCCUCCCCAACCUGCUAAUCGUUUCGACCGCCUGUGGUGGAUCUCCCAGUCAAGAUUUUCUACACCCCUUAGGGAGCUAGAGCAGGGUCAUGGGCUCUUUCUUUGUUGCAAGCUCGGAGAACUGAAAGACUGUUUUUCCGUGGUUCUUGGUGUUGAUCAGGUUCCUCGUGGAAAACCUUGCCCUGACAUAUAUCUGGAAGCCGCAGAGAGACUCGGCGUAAAUCCAUCAUCAUGCCUGGUCAUAGAAGAUUCUCUUGUUGGAAUCCGGGGUGCCAAGGCUUCUGGGGCAAAGGUAGUCGCUGUUCCGUCACUCCAAACUGAAAGGAAACGUUACUCAAUUGCCGAUCUUGUCCUCUGUUCACUGCUGGACUUCCAUCCUGAACUAUGGGAUCUUCCUCCAUUUGACGAUCGCAUUCAAGGUGCAUUGCCCAUGGAACCAAUGUACUUAAAUGCUCACAUAGGAAAUGUGAUAUCAAACAAUACUCAUAUGAUAGUAGCAGGUGAACAUACCUACGACUCCGUUCCUGGCCAAUUAUCAGGAAUUGUUUUUGGUUGGGCCAAGUUAGAACCACAUGGAGUAUCUAAGGUGGUUGUCAGCAUUGGGUGGGACAUUUCGCCGCCGGCUGUUGGAAGAGUGAUGCACAUAUGUUUUCUUGAUCCCUGCUGCAAUGCCAAAUCAGGGGAGCCACUUGAGCUACUGUUAGUUGGUUACAUCCGGGAGCUCCAAAGCACGGGAAGUACUACAUCUCAAGCAUUAAGCAUUACUGAGGAAGAUCAAAGCAUCGUGAGGGAUGCACUGGACCUCCCAGCUUUCUCCGAACUAGAGGAGCUAACACUCUUCAGUGUGCCUGGGAAGGAACCGUUUGAAUGA